AUUUUUUUUUUCUCAUUUUUUUUCUAAUUAAUAAAUAGUAGCUGCAAGAAACGGGUCUCUUUUUUCUUGGGGUUGUCCUUUGGAAGAUCGGCGGAGAGUUUCUGAACCAAAACGCGAAACCGGGAGGAGAAAUUCCGAUCAAACAGAGGAAGAGGCCAAAUGGGGUGGAUCGGAGAAACCAUUGAUUCCAUCAAAUCCCUUCAGAUUCGUCAGGUCCUCUCCCAGGUCGUCAGUCUCGGCAUGAUUGUAACAUCUGCUCUCAUAAUAUGGAAGGCAUUGAUGUGCAUUACUGGGAGCGAGUCUCCUGUUGUUGUUGUUCUGUCGGGGAGCAUGGAGCCUGGAUUUAAGAGGGGGGACAUCUUAUUCUUACACAUGAGUAAGGAUCCUAUUCGUGCUGGAGAGAUUGUUGUCUUUAAUGUUGAUGGUCGUGAAAUUCCAAUUGUUCAUCGUGUAAUCAAGGUUCAUGAGCGGCCAGACACAGGAGAAGUUGAUGUUCUUACCAAAGGGGAUAAUAACUAUGGGGAUGAUAGGCUAUUAUAUGCUCAAGGUCAGCUUUGGCUUAAGCGGCAUCAUAUAAUGGGGAGAGCUGUUGGGUUUUUACCUUAUGUUGGCUGGGUGACCAUUAUUAUGACCGAGAAGCCGAUAAUUAAGUAUAUUCUUAUUGGAGCUUUGGGGCUUCUUGUCAUAACUUCAAAGGAGUAAGGCCAAACCAAAGUAGCAAAAUUUAGGUACACAGACAGAUCUCCACAAGUAAUUUCCUUUGUAUACUGGACACAACUUUUCUUAUGUUAGCUCUUUAACCUCUUAGCACCUGUUUUUGUUACUCUAUUUGCUGAGCAUUUCUCAUGGAAAACUAGAAUUGUAUCAGAAACUCGGUUCGGCUUUCGACUCUCUGUUUCGAUCUGAUGAUGAGGGUAUGUCUUGCAACUAUGAACAUGGUGGGUUUUGGUUCUUCUUAGGGGCUGUUUGGUUGGUGGAAUUGAAACUAGAACUAGACUGAGAAUUACAAAGGAAUUUGGAUGAUAUUGAAAUCAGAUUUUGUUCAAGCAGGUUGUUCUAUCCAGUUCAGGGACUGAAUUCUAAUUUCUUUUUWUUUUUCUGAAAUAUGGUGUUACAGAAAUAUAGUAGUAGAUCUUCUUGCC